AUGGAGAACGCCUCCAACGGCAGCCAGGGGCCCUUGGAACCCCGGGUCCCUGGCGGGAAUGGGGUGGUGCUAGGCAUCUGCUUGCUCUGGCUGCUGGUUUUGAGCACCUUGCUGGGCAACACCCUGGUCUGCCUGGCCAUCAUCCGGUUCCGCCACCUGCGUGCUAAAGUCACCAACUGGUUCGUGCUGUCGCUGGCCUUGUCUGACCUGUGUGUGGCGCUGCUGGUCAUGCCCUGGCAGGCGGUCACCGAGGCGGUGGGCGGGGUGUGGCUCUUUGGCACCCAUUUCUGCGACACGUGGGUGGCCGCCGACAUCAUGUGCUCCUCGGCCUCCAUCCUCCAUCUCUGCAUCAUAAGCCUCGACCGCUACUGGGCCAUUGCCAGCCCCUUCCGCUACGAGCGGCGGAUGACCCGGGGCCUGGCCUCCGCCAUGAUCGCCCUGGCCUGGACCCUCUCCAUCCUCAUCUCCUUCAUCCCUGUCCAGCUCCACUGGCACAGAGCCGAGGAGCAGGGGGUGCCCGGUCCACAGCUGCCACACUGCGACGCCCGGCUCAACCCCACGUACGCCAUCGCCUCCUCCCUGGUCAGCUUCUACAUCCCCGUGUCCAUCAUGAUUGGCACUUACGCAAGGAUCUACCGCAUCGCCCAGGCUCAGAUCCGCCGCAUCUCAUCCCUGGAAAAGGCCGGAGGGCUGGGCUUUGCUCAGGGGAAAGAGCCUGCCUCUUCGCUGCGCACCUCGCUCUGCAAGGAAACCAAGGUCCUCCAGACGUUGUCCAUCAUCGUGGGGGUCUUUGUUUGCUGCUGGCUGCCCUUCUUUGUCCUUAACUGCCUGCUGCCCUUUUGCAAACCAAGACCAGGCAGCAGGGUUUAUGGGCAAGCUCUCUGCGUCAGCCAGACAACUUUCCGCGUUUUCAUGUGGCUUGGCUGGGCCAAUUCCUCAGUCAACCCAGUGAUCUACGCUUUCAAUGCGGACUUUCGGAAGGCUUUCAGCAGCCUGUUGGGCUGCCCCCGCCGCCCUUGUUGGGCUCCAGGCAGGUCCGCCGUGGAGAGAGUCAACCUGAGCCAUGAGCUGGUCUCCUAUCACCACGACGACUCCUCCCACAAGAGCGGAGGAGAGCUAGUUCCAUCGCCUCUCCCUACCAUUGCUGCCUGGCAUCAAUCCCUGCCCCACACAGUGAGCUCCCAAGGAGAGGGAGAGAGCAAUGGAGGAACCCUGCCAGAGAAAGAGACACUGUCCUCACAUCAAGCCGCUCAGAGGAGCAACAGCAAAAACCUUCACCUGCCAGCUUUGCUCCCCUCUGAAUGUGAGGCUGAGGUAUCUUUGGAGACUCUUGAUCCCUUUGCAGAGAUUACCGGGCACUAGGAUCUUUACUGCCACAUCCCAGAGGCAUGGCAGGUGCCUAUGUGGAUGGGACCAUGUAGUAGCCACAUAGGAACACAAUCACAUAAUAGGAGUCCUGCUGGUUCAGACUGAAGGCGCAUCUAGUCCAGCAUUCUCUUUCCCCACAAUGGCUGACUAGAUGUGAAUAGGAAGCCCACAAACAAGACACGAGGGCUUUCGCUGUCUCCUACUGUUGUUCACAAGUGACUGGUAUUCAGAGGUGCACUGGCUCUGAUUCUGGAGGUAGCAUAUAGCUGUCAGAACUACUUAUUUAUUUAGGGAUAUCUAUGCUGUCCAAUCAACUGUGAGGAUGGCUCACUUGUUGUUGGCAUCCAUCUGUCUUAGGAGACAAUGUACAGUAAGAGUGUGCCUUCAGGGUAAAGUCAAACAGCUUUAGUCAAACAGAGUUACAGUGCCUGCUAUGGCUGUAGACAUUGAUAUAGGAGAGACAUGUUUGAUUGCAGCUGGGACACAUGAAG